UCUUGGUGAAUUAACAAUUACUGAUAUUGUAGAAGGAGCUUGUUGGUGUUUCUGUUUCUGUUUGGUAUGUGUUUAUGCGCAUGUGAGGGCAGUGGACAUUUUUCCUUCUGAUAAUCUCCUUUAAUAAUAAUACACACCUCCCCUUAAUGAGAAGAUGUGCAAAACUUUCCAUGACUAAAAAAAUAGCCGUUUUGCAUCUGUAUAGUUUUGACCUAUUAAAUAUUGAACCUACCAUUUGUUAUGAGUACCAUGAGUAUAAUGCUGUUCUUAUCCUGGCUGAGUCUGGUGAAGUACUAACAAUGAGUUUGUUGGUCGGCCUUCCAGAUCUGGAGUGGAAGCUUAUAUAUGUUGGAUCGGCUGAAGAUGAGAACUAUGAUCAGCAACUUGAGAGUGUGCUUGUUGGCCCUGUGAAUGUUGGGACAUACCGUUUUGUUCUGGAGGCCGACCCCCCUGAUCCCUCAAAGAUCCGCGAGGAGGACAUAAUCGGUGUCACGGUGCUUUUGUUGACCUGUUCAUACAUGGGGCAGGAGUUCAUCAGAGUAGGCUACUACGUGAACAAUGAUUAUGAUGAUGAGCAACUUAGGGAAGAACCCCCGGCGAAGCUGCUGAUUGACCGGGUGCAGAGAAAUAUUUUGACCGACAAGCCCCGGGUCACCAAGUUCCCCAUCAAUUUCCAUCCUGAAACAAGCGGAGGACAGCAGCAAGAUCAACCACAAUCAGCUGUACCUGAAAACCCUACAGGCGAAGGGAGCAAGGCCAGCACAGAUCUUUGACCGGGUCUGAAAACUUGGGAAUGCCAAAAUUUUGAUCUGCAUGCCUUCUAGGUGAGAUUGCAAUAUCAGAUGGCUUCCUGGGAUGCUGCUGCUACCUGAACCGUCUGUUCUGGUGCGCCACUAAACUAGACUAUAACCAAAAACUCACAUUGGUUAGCCAUGUGCCUGUAGUGGGUAGGCUCUGACACACUGCGUCCUUUUGCUAGUGAUGAACUGUAAGCUGGAUGUUCAUCCAGUAGUGUUCCUGUGCAACCGUGGUUGUCUUGUCUCUUGGAUUAUGCCUGCAAUCGCAAGGGUUCGUUAGAUGA